AUGCAAUCGAUCAGUAAUUGUCCCAUCGGGUUAGUUUCAAAAAACACAAUCAAUUCAGCUUCCACUAUUGCAGAGUGGGUAGCAUGUCCAUGGAAAUAUAUCAACGUUGUUGGUUCAGGCAGAUAUGUGAGCAAUAAACCUGAUAAAAUUACCAGAUAUGAUUUACUCAAGGCUGCCCAGGAAGCGGAAAUGCAGGAGUUGCUUACAAGAAAUGAUAUGAAAGGUAGACAUAAACGUAAUAAGAAAAGUAAGAUAGCAUUGGAGACUAUAGCGGAAGAAAACUCUUCAACUGAAAGCCUUUUUUAA